AGCAGCGCUGUUUUGACGCGUGUUUUGAAUCAGACAGAAACGGUACACAAUCGAAGUGCGAAGACUGUACAGUGAAAUAUUCCCUUGUAAAAUACAAAUAAACAGCGACGAGCCUUGUCUUAGGGCGAGGAUGAGGAAGAGUGAGUUGAUUGCUGCAGAAUCGGUGGCAUGUCUGAAUAAAGCUCUCUGCCACCUGAAGGACAUCUGGGAGGAAAUCGGCAUCCCUGAGGAUCAGCGAUUAGAGAGGACAAAUGUGGUUAAGAAUCAUGUCAAAAGUCUUCUGGACAUGAUGAUUGCUGAGGAAGAGAGUCUGCGGAAACGUCUGACGACCAGUAUUGAGAAAUGUCAAAAUGAUCUGAGUAAAUUGUGUUUGGAACUACAGCUUCCCCCUUUUCAGGAGGACAGAAGUGGCACUAUGCUACAGCAGGAAAAAGACCUCCGUACACAUCUUGAAGUGAUGUUAAAGGAGAAAAAUGAGAGAAUGCAAGCACUCAAAGUCUUAACCGAGCAGGAUCAGGAUCUCUGUGACCUGCUCUGCUUCCAGCCGUUUUCUAUCUCCGCUGAUUCUGUUCCAUCCUUGGAUGAGCUGGAGCACUUCCGUCAACACAUCUCCUCUCUCACUGCUGAGAAAGAACAGAGACGUAAAGAAUUUGUCACGUUGAAGAAGCGAAUAAUACUUUGCAUGGACGAUCUGGAUCAUUUGCCUGAGACCAGUUUUGAGAAGGAUGUUGUUUGUGAAGAUGAAGACAAUUUUUGCUUGUCUAAAGAAAACCUUGAUUCACUCAAAGUCCUCCUUCACCAGUUGGAGAGCAGAAAGGCAGAGAAUGAACGUGUCUGUGGCUCUUAUCGGGAGAAGAUCCAUGAACUAUGGGAAAGGUUGCAGACUCCACAGGAAGAGCGUGAUGCAAUGUGUGAACACAUGACCCUGUCAAAGCAAAGAAAUAUGGAAGCUUUACAAGCUGAGGUUGAACGUCUUGAGGAACUGAAGCUUAAAAAUAUUCAGAAUGUUACUGAGGCUAUUCGAAAUGAGAUUGCGGUGUUCUGGGAUAAGUGCUUUUAUAGCACUGACCAACGGCAAGCUUUUGUGCCCUAUUAUGAGGAAGAUUUCAGUGAGGAACUCCUGAGUUUGCAUGAUGCUGAAAUAUUGCGGCUUAAACAGUAUUAUGAGGAUCAUAAAGAUCUUUUUGAAGGUGUUCACAAAUGGGAGGAAAGCUGGAGACUUUUCUUAGAGCUUGAAGAAAAGGCCAAAGAUCCAACCAGAUUUACCAACAGAGGAGGAAACCUGCUAAAAGAGGAGAAACAACGGGCUGAUCUGGUCAAAGGUCUCCCCAAGCUUGAGAAGAAGCUGAAGGCUGAGAUUGAACAGUGGGAACAUGAACAGAACAGAGAGUUCCUGGUGAAUGGUCAGAAGUUCAUGCAGUUUGUUACUGAUCAAUGGGAGACGUACCGGCUGGAGAAAGAGCGGGAAAAACAAGAGCGGCAACUAAAGAAGAGCAAGCAGACAGAGGAGGACAUGGUCUAUGGUACUGUGAUCCGGACACCGACUAAACGAAGAGUUCUGGGCAACACAACACCUUGUAAAGCUCGAAAGCUAAACGCUACCUCCAGUACUGGCACUUCUAACAGCACUAUCCGAUCUGUCUUUGGAGGUACUGUCUGUCAUUCUCCUAUAAAACGUCCUCCAAUUUCAGCAGGCAAGCUGGGUAAUGUGAAGACUCCAGGCCAUGGCAAUCCUCCUCAUCAAGGUUUGCUAGAACGCAAUAAGGAGAAUAUCUGUCAUCUAACUGGUGGUGUGGCUGAGAUGAUGAAGGUACCAGCUAGUCCACAGCGUAACUUCAGCAUUAACUGUGUCGCAGGCACCUAUUCAGAAUUUCAGCGAGACCUCUCCAAGUCAUCUAAAUCAAAACACGUACCUGAAAUCCUGAACUCAGCCAUCAUUCAGCUUUAACUCUACUGCAUGCAACACUUUGUGCUAUUAGGACUGGGAUCUUUAGAUGAUGGCUUAUGGGUUCUUGUUCUUUAUAGCUUUAGCUAUGCAUUUUAUAUUUAAAUGAAGGUAAUAUAGUAUUGUGAAAAGUUUUUUUGCCCCCUUCCCAUUUUUUUUUUUUUUUGCAUAUUUGUCACACUUAAAAGAUUCAGAUCAUCAAACUAAUUUUUAUAUUACACAAAGAUAAUGCAAGUACAUAAAAAAGCAGUUUUUAAAUGAUUAUUUCAUUUAUUAAGGGAAAAGAGCUGUCCAAACCUACCUAGCCCCACGUGAAAAGUUAUUUGCCCCCUCCUAUUAAAUCAUGAAAUAACUGAUUAACCACAUUAUUUUAGAAAGCUAAGUUAAAUUUCACUAGUCACUUCCAGGCCUGAUUACUUCCAGACCUGUUAAAUCAAGAAAUAAUUUAAAUAGAACCUGUCUGACAAAGGUCAGAGCCAUUAUCCCCAAAUGGAGAAAACUUGGAACCUUCCCAGGAGUGGCUGGCCUACCAAAAUUACUCCAAGAGCAUAACAACGACUCAUCAAGGAGGGCAUAAAAGAACCCAGAACAACAAGUAAAGAACUGCAGGCCUCGCUUGCCUCAAUUAAGGUCAGUGUUCAUGAUUCAACAAUGAGAAACAAUGAGAAAAUGGCAUCCAUGGGAGAAUUCAAAGGCAAAAGCCACUGCUGACCAAAAAUAAUACAAAGGCUCGUCUCACAUUUGCGAAAAAAUAUCUUGAUUAUCCCCAAGACUUUUGGGCAAAUAUUCUGUGGACUGGUGAGACAAAAAUUUAACUUUUUGGAAGGUUUGUAUCCCUCUUUAGUGCACUUGGGUUAUAAAGCAGGACAAUGAUCCCAAACACACCAGCAAGUCCCACUCUGAAUGGCUUAAGAAAAACAAAAUGAAGGUUUUGGAUUUGCCAAGUCAAAGUCUGGACUUAAAUCCGAUUAAGAUGCUGUGGCAUGACCUUAAACAGGCCUUUCAUGCUCAUUAUGUAGCUGAAUUAAAAGAAUUCUGCAAAGAAGAGAGGGACAAAGUUCUUCCGCAGCGAUGUGAGACUCAUUGCCAGUUAUCAAAAACGCCUUAUUGUAGUUGAUUACUGCAAAGGGUGGCACAACAAGUUAUGAGGUUUAGGGGUCCAUUACUUUUUUCAUGUAGGGCCAGGCAGAUGUGGACAGCAUUUUUCCCUUAAUAAAUCAAAUCAUUAUUUCAGAACUGCAUUUUGUAUUUACUCUGGUUAUCUUUGUGUAAUAUUAAAAUUUGUUUGAUGAUCUGAAUCUGUGACAUAUACACACACACACAAAAAUAAAUAAAUAAAUAAAAUGGAAGGGGGCUAAAACCUUUUUACGGGCCUGUAUAUAUUUAAAUGUCUCUUUGUGGGAUUCUACAUGUAUGUUCACUUUAACACUAAGACAAGCACUGCUUUAUAUGUACUUGUAACAAAUUAAUGUGUAUUUUAAUGUUACAACUACUCAGCUGUUCCUAACAAUUUAGGACUUAAAAUAAAGUUAAAAUACUAAAUUAAGACUUAAAAUAAACUACUUAUUUCUCAUUAUUGGCAAUAUUGUCAGAAUCACAAUCUAUUUUAAUGUUGCUUUUGUAUGUUUUGCACAAUGUAAAAAUAAACAC